GAUCUUAUAACAUUGGAAAUACUGAUCAUACUGCUCAUUUUUCAAAGAUCCGUAUGCAAAUUCUGCUUUGCUUGAGAAAUUUAUAAGGGGUGAUUCUUGGAUUGCUGUGGGUUCUGUUUGAUUGAUGAGAAGUGGAGGAUGACGAAAAAUAAAACUUUUAAUAUAUAUAUAUAUAUAUAUAUAUAUUUUAUCUGUUUUAAAUUUCGUUUUCGUUUUCGUUUUCUUGGGGAGACUUUUGAGACGAACUUUGUGAUUAUAGUUCGCGAUUCCUUUGUAAUCUGCGCGGAAAGUCACAUUGUUUGUAAAAUUUAUAAGAUUUGAUCUCGUGGGCUCUUUUUUGUUGUUGAGAAACUGUAGGAAGUGUAAUUGUUUACUGUUUAUGUUUUACCAAAUUCUGGGUUAACGUGAAACCUUAUUUGAGAGGUUUUGUGUGCAAAAUCUAAAUCAGCUUUGUGAGGUUUUAAAGAUUUGAGGCUUGAAAUGUCGUGGGUUGAGGCUCCGGUUGGUUGCCUUUUUGAGCUUUCGAUGAGAUCUCUAUGAGAUUUCCUUAUGCAGCCUCCCGGGGUGCUUGUUGGGGGCAGAAUGUACGAAAUUAAUAAUGGCAGAGGAGAAGACACUGAUUGCAAGAGAUGUUACUGAAUUAAUUGGUAAAACACCAUUGGUAUAUUUGAACAAUGUUGUAGAUGGCUGUGUGGCACGUAUCGCCGCAAAGCUAGAGAUGAUGGAACCUUGCUCAAGUGUCAAAGAUAGGAUUGGAUAUAGUAUGAUUGCUGAUGCAGAAGAAAAGGGUCUAAUCAUACCAGGGGAGAGUGUCCUCAUUGAGCCUACGAGUGGUAAUACUGGCAUAGGGCUGGCAUUCAUGGCAGCAGCUAAGGGUUACAAGCUCAUCAUCACUAUGCCUGCUUCAAUGAGUCUCGAGAGAAGAACAAUUCUCCGUGCCUUUGGAGCCGAGCUGGUCCUCACUGAUCCAGCAAGGGGCAUGAAAGGAGCUGUUCAGAAGGCAGAAGAAAUAGUGGCAAAGACGCCCAAUGCCUAUAUGCUUCAGCAAUUUGAAAACCCCGCUAACCCAAAGGUUCAUUAUGAGACCACUGGACCAGAGAUCUGGAAAGGCUCAGCUGGGAAAGUUGAUGCUUUGGUUUCUGGAAUAGGGACUGGAGGUACGGUAACAGGUGCAGGGAAGUUCCUCAAAGAGCAAAACCCUGAUAUUAAGCUGUAUGGUAUAGAGCCAGUAGAAAGUGCUGUAUUAUCUGGAGGGAAACCCGGCCCACAUAAGAUCCAAGGUAUUGGUGCUGGUUUUAUUCCUGGAGUUUUGGACGCUGGUAUUCUUGAUGAAGUUAUUCAGAUAUCGAGUGAAGAAGCUAUUGAAACUGCUAAGCUUCUUGCAUUGAAAGAAGGUUUGCUGGUAGGAAUAUCCUCUGGUGCUGCGGCUGCAGCUGCAAUCAAAAUAGCAAAGAGGCCUGAAAAUGCUGGAAAGCUCAUUGUUGUGGUUUUCCCCAGCUUUGGAGAGCGCUAUUUAUCCUCUGUGCUGUUCGAAUCAGUCAAGCGGGAGGCAGAAAAUAUGGUUUUUGAGCCGUAACUUGGCUACCAGUUUGGUUGGGACAUGGUACAAAGCUUGUUUUUUUAUCUAGUCCAAUGAAAUUUCAGUUGGGUAAUUUUACUUGGACUCUACAAUAAAAUGCAAUCUUUGUUGUGGUGUUUGUAUAUGAAAAAUGCUGUGUGGGCUGAACUUGGAAUUGGAUUUUAUAAUGUGUUAGAAGGAUAUAGAAGAGAAUGUGAUUUCAAUUGGGUGAUGCUUUGAAGAAUGAUAAAAAUUUUCCUCAA